GUCAGCUUGACGCGUGAGUGCUCAGCGCGGCGUUUACAUAAACACUCGUUCGCCGUCACGGUCGGCCGUCGGCCUGGGGAAUCGUGAUGGAAGUCACCUCGGGGAACUGAAGACACGCAAAGGCGGUCUUAGCAUUAACCCGGCCGAGGCGUCGGUCGGUCAUCCGGGUUAUCGAACUCAGAUCCAAUGCCGCUGCCCGACUCAUAGGCAGCAGCUGAAGGACUUCACUCGGGAACUCAACCAGCAAUCUUUUUUUUCUGCUGUGACUUUCCACAAAAAGGUGGAGCAGCGCUGACAGAACCCAAUGGACCGGGAAGAUGACAAAAACUCCGUGGAUAUCCAUGACAACCCUCCAGCUCCCGACAACGUUGUGAGGGAGGACGGAGACACGGUGUACUUCAUAUAUGAAGAGGAAGUGGAGGUUGAGGAGAAGGAACCAGAACCUCCAGAACCUGUCAUCCGUGUCAAUGACAAACCCCACAAGUUCAAGGACCACUACUGCAAGAAGCCCAAGUUCUGCGACGUCUGUGCCCGCAUGAUAGUCCUGAACAAUAAGUUCGCUCUGAGAUGUAAAAACUGCAAGACCAACAUCCACCAUUCAUGUCAGUCCUACGUGGAGUUCCAGAAGUGCUUUGGCAAAAUACCUCCUGGUUUCCGACGGGCCUACAGUUCUCCUCUGUACAGCAGCGGCCAGCCAGAUCCGAACAAUCCAAAUCGGAACGACCCGGUCUUUGACACUUUGAGGGUGGGGGUCAUCAUGGCCAAUAAGGAGCGCAAAAAGAAUGAAAACGACAAGAAAAAUAUGCUGAUGAUGAUGGAGGAAGAGGAAGAUGAGAAUCGACAGCCCAAAGAAAAUGAGGAUGGAGGAGAAGGAAAGCCAGAAGAAAAGAAGGAGAAAGGAGGAGAAAAAGCAGAUGACAAGCAAAAAGGAACCUUCUCUCAGUCACACUACUACCUCGCUCUCUACCGCUUCAAGGCCAUAGAAAAGGAUGAUCUGGACUUUCACCCUGGUGAUCGCAUCACAGUCCUGGAUGACUCCAAUGAAGAGUGGUGGCGGGGAAAGAUGGGAGAGAAGAGCGGCUAUUUCCCCACCAACUACCUGAUAAAAGUCCGUGCGUCAGAGAGGGUUUACAAGGUGACGCGCUCUUUUGUGGGGAACAGAGAGAUGGGACAAAUCACACUGAAGAAAGACCAGGUGAGAAAAGAUUCCUUUCACGCGCUAGAGUGUUCGUCACCUGCCAUCGUUUCGACCCUGUACGUCGGCACGUUGCUCGAGUGCUUGUCGUCGCCGGGCCACGGCGCCGUCGCUCUGCCUUUUCAGAUUGUGGUGAAGAAAGGAGACGAGAAAGGCGGUUACUUGAAGGUCAGCACUGGACGCAAGCUGGGCUACUUCCCCUCUAAUCUGCUGCAGGAGAUCACUGUGAUAUAAGAAGAAAAAAAGGAUACGUCGAAACACAAAGACAGAGUCUCAAUGUUUCUCAUUCCGGACGGCGACCUCUGUAUUUUAUACAUUAUCAAAAAGUGAGAUGCAACUGCUCCACUCGGUGAUUAUGUGAAUAAUCCAAUGAACGGCAAUGACGCGUACUACCAGACACAAUUAGGCACACCGAACAUCUAUCCGUUGUCUACACACCCCCUACCCUGUUCAGGGUCGUCCACCGCAGGCGUGGGCGAACCUUUCGGCUCAGGGGCCUCAUUGACUUUGAAAUUUUGAAGCCAUUGUAUUAUGAAUACUUAUUAGAUUGACUUUGAACGGAAACAACGUUGUUUUGUUGAUCACCUUUUUUUGCCGUUGCAUCGGAGUCUGUUGUUAGUUUUCUUGGGGCAAUUCCCGGGUGUUCGUCACUGUUCUGUCGGAGUCUGUUCACACACAAACGUAGAGCCAAACACCACCAGCGGCUUCUGGAUGUUUGGAAAUGUGUCUGCCUAAAACUCAUCCAGUCUGAGAGUCGAACUUCUCUUUGAAGACACUAUCACGUUGGAGAUCAAGCAGAUCCGUCUGCAUCCAUAUACAUUUUGAAAUGACAUGAUUCACUUCAGAAAAAUGUAAU